CAAUUGGUCAAAAGCAACCUUUGGAGGUGUGUCUAACAGAGAGCCAGGAGUGGCACCUUCCAAUAUAAACUGAACCUUUGGCUGAAGUCCUGCCAUCAACAGGAUCAACUCAGCAACGAUGAGGUGUCUGGUCUUCGUUCUGCUCAUCGGAGCUGCCUUUGCCACGGAGGACGACAAGAUCGUCGGAGGCUAUGAGUGCACGCCCUACUCCCAGCCCCAUACGGUGUCUCUGAACUCCGGCUACCACUUCUGCGGAGGCUCUCUCGUCAAUGAGAACUGGGUCGUGUCCGCCGCUCACUGCUACAAAUCCCGUAUGGAGGUGCGCCUUGGAGAGCACAACAUCAGGGUCACCGAGGGAAAGGAGCAGUUCAUCAGGUCCUCCCGUGUCAUUCGCCACCCCAACUACAGCUCGUACAACAUCGACAAUGACAUCAUGCUGAUCAAGUUGAGCAAACCCGCCACUCUUAAUGAGUACGUGAAGCCCGUGGCUCUGCCCAGCAGCUGUGCCCCCGCCGGCACCAUGUGCAAAGUCGCCGGAUGGGGCAACACCAUGAGCUCCACCGCUGACAGGAACAAGCUCCAGUGCCUCGACAUCCCCAUCCUGUCCGACAGUGACUGUGACAAUUCCUAUCCCGGCAUGAUCACUGACGCCAUGUUCUGCGCCGGAUACCUAGAGGGCGGCAAGGACUCCUGCCAGGGUGACUCUGGUGGCCCCGUGGUGUGCAACGGUGAGCUUCAGGGUGUUGUCUCCUGGGGUUACGGCUGCGCCGAGAAGGACCACCCCGGUGUCUACGCCAAGGUGUGCCUUUUCAACGACUGGCUGGAGCGCACCAUGUCUAUGUACUGAGCUCCUGUGAUCACCUGUGCUUCAGCAUCUUUUACCGCAAGGAAUGCCACAGUACUUUCUCACAAAUGUGCAGAAACUUUCCAUCUUAAUAAACAAAGGUUCCAACUU